AUUAAUUACUUCAACUGAUUAUUAAACUUUGCAUGUUCUUGUUUGACUUUAGAGACACGCAACAAAGUUGAAAAGAUGCGUUUACUUUGACAUAUAUGGAUAUGCACAGUUUCCCAUCUUCUCUCAUAUUCCGGACAAUUAACAAAAAUAAAUCCUCAAAGCGUUUCAAUUAGUUCAGAUAUGGCAGAGGCAUCUCUUAAUGUACUUGUUGGAAGUCUGUGCUCAUUGAUCCAAGCUGAGAUUGGACUGAUUAUCGGUGUGGAUGAAGAGAUGAAGAAGCUCUCGAGCACCCUAACCGCCAUUCAAGCUGUGCUCGAAGACGCCGAGAUAAAGCAGCUUCAAAGCAAGUCCAUACAUAAUUGGCUCGUCAAACUCAACGAUCUUGCCUAUGAUAUUGAUGACAUAUUGGACGAGUGCGCAACUGAAGUCUUGAAAUUGGAGCACAUAAGCAGCAAAUCAAGACGCUAUAGCUUGAAGAAACUUCUGUUUCAACGCAAAAUUGGAAGAAGGAUGAAGCGAGUCACGCAACAAUUGGAUGCGGUUGCCGCAGAGCGUGAUAAGUUCCAUUUGCGUGAGACGACUGUACGUUAUAAGCCGAUCGAGUUUGCUGCCGCGCGUGAGACCGGUUCCAGUUUGAACGAGCCUCAUCUUGUAUACGGUAGAGAAGAAGAUACAGAGAAGAUUGUUGGCAUUCUAGUCAACCAGGUGAAAGACAAUCGGGGAAUUACCAUCCUGCCCAUAAUUGGUGUCGGAGGCCUUGGCAAGACAACCCUCGCUCAAUUAGUCUACAAAGAUCAACGUGUCGUCGAGCAUUUCGACAAAAGAAUUUGGGUUUGCGUCUCUGGCAAUUUCGAUCUCAAGACUGUAAUGAAAGCCAUGAUUGAAUCCGGUACCGCAAAUUCUUCAGACUUAAUGCACUUGGAUAGCAUACAACACUGCCUAUGGGAGUUGCUGAACCAGAAAAGAUACUUGCUUGUAUUGGAUGAUGUUUGGAACGAGGAUCAACAGAAGUGGUCUGAAUUAAGAAAUGCUCUUGCGUGCGGUUCGAAUGGGAGUUCGAUUAUUAUCACCACACGCCUCAAAAAGGUUGUUGAUAUAAUGGGAACACUUCCACCGCAUUACUUGACGGGAUUGUCAGAAGAGCAUUGUUGGACUCUUCUACGGGAACGUGCACUCGGACAAGACAAGGAUAAAUUCUCCAAUCUCGAACCCAUCGGGAAUCAAAUAGUGAAGAAAUGUGCCGGUGUUCCUCUGGCUGCUAAGGCGCUUGGAGGUCUGUUGCGGUUUAAGAGGACAGAGAAUGAGUGGAAUUACGUAAAAGAAAGUGAAAUAUGGGUAUUACCUCAAGAAGAAAAUCUGAUACUACCAGCAUUGAGGUUGAGUUAUUAUCAUCUUCCUCUAGAGUUGAGACAGUGUUUUGCUUAUUGUGCAGUCUUUCCCAAGGGCACUUUUAUUCGGAAAGACGAAUUGAUCUUUAUGUGGAUGGCGCAUGGAUAUAUUUCAUCAAAGGGCGUGUUGGAAGUGGAGGAUGUUGGCAACGAAAUAUGCAAUGAGCUAGUCUUGAGAUCCCUUUUGCAAAUUGUUACGGGUACAAAUAUUAAAACCAAUUUGAUUAUGCAUGAUCUCGUUCAUGAUCUCGCCCAAUCAAUCAUGGAGGACAGAACCACAGGAGCACAUAUCCAGAGGAAUCUGACAAGCACUGCACCGAAUAGCAAAAUACGCCAGGUAAAUUUACGAAAAAAAUCUGUUGCCUUCCCUACGAGUAAUCAACCUGAGAUGGACAUGCCUUUCAUCUUGACGAAAUUUUGUCGUUUGAGGAUACUAGAUGCAAGCAGGACGGGGAUAAAUGAAUUGUCAUAUGCAGUAGGCCGUCUGAAACAUUUGCGACACUUGAAUUUGUCCGAGACUGGAAUUCGUACCCUCCCCGAGUCGUUAUCCAGUCUUUGUAAUUUGCAAGUUUUGAAUUUGGAUUACUGCAAGGAUCUCGUAGCUUUACCGAAGAAGACGAGAUGCUUGAUUAAUCUCCGUCAUCUACUUUUAGAAUCAUGCAAAUCACUAAAGGAGAUGCCAUCUAAAAUCGGAGAACUUACCUGCCUCAGAACAUUGAGUCUGUUCGUUGUGGGCCGUGAUAGAGGUAAUCGGCUCGAAGAAUUACAGGGCUUGAACCUCGGUGGCAGGCUAACAAUUUCUCAUCUGGAGAGAGUGGAAAACCCCGUCGAUGCAAACAAGGCAAAUCUUAGAGAGAAGAAAAACCUUCACCGUUUGAGUUUAGUGUGGGGAAGUGACAACAUUGCAUCAAAAUUAGAGGUGGAAGAGAGAGAUGAAAAGGUGUUGGAAUCACUCGAGCCUCACCGAAACCUCAAAAGUUUAGGGAUUCGGGGAUUCGGGGGUAGAUUUUUUCCGAUUUGGAUGUCGAAUUCGACUCUGGACAAAGUAGUCGAAAUCCACAUAUCAUACUGCGAGAAUUGUUUGCGUCUACCACAACUGGGAGAGCUACCUCAUCUUAAGUCCUUGACUUUGGAUAAUGUGGCGGCGGUGGAGUACAUUAUCGAGGGUCAAGUUCGUAGUGGAAAUACGUUAUGCGUAAAUUUUCCAUCUCUGGAAACUCUGUAUUUGCGUUCUCUCCCGAAUCUCAAAGGGUUGUCGAAAGAGGAAACGACCAGAGAAGCGUUCCCAAAUCUCGAGAAGCUAUGCAUUCUGCAUUGUUCUUCAUUGGUAAUGCCGCCACUCUCAUACCUAAAAAAAUUGAAGACUUUGAGCUGCAGUAGCUCAACUCUGGCUUCACUGUCGAACCUGUACACCGUUAAUCUCCUUCUCGUGGACAUUGACAAGAAUACGACAUGCAUUCCAAUCAAGACGCUGCAAAACCUAACCAGUCUCGACGAUUUGUGGAUCUACGGAGCACACGAGCUCUGCUUGCCGGAAGAAGGGCUGAAAUCCCUAAAAUCACUAAAACGCUUGCAUGUAGUGGAUAGCGAGAAGCUGGCGUGUUUGCCUCAAUGUUGGUUGCGAAACUUGACUUGUGUAGAGGAACUAGAAGUAAGCCGAUGCUCGGAAAUAGUGGAUCUUCCGGAAGGUAUUAAAUAUCUUCGCUGCUUGAAAGAGCUGAAGCUCGACGAUCUUUCUAAGAUGGUGCGCGUGCCCGAAGCAUUGCAACACAUUGCGUAUUCGCUCCAAUCUCUAAAACUGCACCGCCUUCAUGUGCUGAGUUCACUGCCGGAGUGGUUGGAUGGUUUGAAAUGUCUUGAAUCACUGGAUAUUUACGAUUGCUCGAAGAUAGCAUCGAUUCCGGAUAGUGUGAAAGGAAUGACGAAUCUUCGGUAUCUGUGUGUGGAGAAAUGCUCGGAAUUGGAAAGGCGGUGCGAGAGAGGGGAUGGGGAGGACUGGCACAAGAUAGCGCAUAUUCCACGCCUGCAAAUUGGUGAACGCUGAUGAUUAAUGGAGAACAAUUCAUCGACUACCUCAUUCGAAUUCUGUAAGUUUACAGGAAUUAUUUUGGAGGUUAGAAAUGUAGAAAUUGAGCAAACUUUCAAACAAUUUCUGUCAAUUCGA